AUGUCGCAAUCGUCCAGUAUAGUGGGCGUGCACUACAAAGUCGGCAAGAAGAUCGGCGAAGGCUCGUUUGGGAUCAUAUUCGAAGGGAUCAACAUCUUGAACAACCAGCAAGUGGCAAUCAAGUUUGAGCCGCGCAAAUGCGAGGCGCCGCAGCUACGCGACGAGUACAGGUCGUACCGCAUCUUGAACAACACGCGAGGUAUACCGCAGGCCUAUUUUUUUGGCCAGGAGGGCGUGCACUCGAUAUUGAUCAUCGACUUGCUUGGGCCGUCGUUGGAGGACUUGUUUGAUUGGUGCCACCGCAAAUUCAGCGUCAAGACGGUGUUGCAGGUGGCGAAGCAGAUGAUCCAGCGGGUCGAGGCGAUCCACGAACGCAACUUGAUUUACCGUGACAUCAAGCCCGACAAUUUUCUUAUUGGAAGACCCGAUUCGGCAGAAGCCAAUCAGAUAUUUGUGGUUGAUUUCGGCAUGGCGAAGCAGUAUCGCGACCCCAAGACGCAGAACCAUAUCCCCUAUAGAGAGAAAAAGGCGUUGAGUGGAACCGCGAGGUACAUGUCGAUAAACACGCAUUUGGGGAGGGAGCAGCUGAGACGAGACGAUUUGGAGAGCUUGGGGCAUGUCUUUAUGUACUUCCUUCGGGGCUCUUUACCUUGGCAAGGGUUGAAAGCGCCAACAAAUAAGCAGAAAUAUGAGAAAAUCGGCAUGAAGAAGCAGACCACCUCGGUCAAUGAGUUAUGUUACGGGUUACCUAUUCAAUUCGCCCAGUACUUGACCUAUGUGCGAAGUUUAAAGUUUGAUGAAAAGCCCGAUUACAAUUACCUCGUUAGUCUCAUGGAUAAGGCCAUGUUGUCUUUAGGCAUCGAGGAUGACGGCCAUUACGAUUGGAUGGAUUUGAACAAUGGUAAAGGCUGGGACGCAGCUCUCAAUAAAAAGGCCAACUUGCACGGCUAUGGUAACCCUCACCCGCCUAGAAAACCCCAUCAAGUCCAACAACAACAACAACUACAACAGCAGCAGCAGCAGCAAUAUGUACCAUCAUCACAGCACCAACAACACCAACUGCUGCUGCAGCAACCGCUUUUGGGACGCGCGUCGGACAAGAAUAACUCGUUUUCCAAGUACAAGAAGUAUGGCUAUCAAUCCAUUCUGCAACAACCAGACUCACGAACAUCAUCUAAUAAGCAAGCCUAUCCUUAUGUGCCCGAUGCAGGCUACGACAGGGGAAACAACACCGCUAAUGGAUUCAUCCAAAACGGAGGAGGAGGAGGAGGCACUGGAACGGGAGCAGGAGCAGGAGCAGGCGAUGAUUUACAUUCCGAUGCUUCAAGCUUUAACAGAAAAAAGAGCCGGACUUGCUUUUUCUGUUGUUGGUGA